AUAAUAUGACGAUAGGUUCCGAACCUUCCGAAACUGAAACGAGAGCUGGGAGAAAGAGUAUAUCGUAUUCAUUUAUAUGUAUUUCAGGCUUUUGGAGUUUUCAAAACAAAUGUAAAUCUUUUUAAAAGCACUAUGUUUCGCAAAAGAAAGAACUUUCUAAUCAGAUAAUUGAAGAGGUAAGUCAACUUACACGCAUUUUCUAUCUUGGCCGCCAAUAGCGGUGCUGAAACGGUAUUGGUUUGGGCACAUCUUAAAAUAUUCAGUUACAAGUGCUGUGCUCGGGUUUCAAACAUAUUUAUGCGGGCAAAAAGUCUAAAACUUAUUCGGGAAAUGUUUUUUUAAAUUUCUGUCUUUUUUUGGAAAUUGGGAUUAAGAACAUUACAAAACGUUACCUUCGAGCAGUUGAAUGUUAUGUUUGUGAAAGGACAUGCUCUAAAUCAUUUGAGAAUCUGAAUGGUCAUAGACAUGUAUGUUCUCGUUAAAUCGUGCAAAGACAAAGGGUGGCAUCACUGAGCUGAUUAUUAUGGUAAAAAUUAAUUGUCAUAUUUUAGUAAGGUUAUCCAGACAUUCGGUUUUAUUUAUCACCUCAAAAUCUUAUAUUUAGUCAAAGUCUUAAUGUGUAAUAAACAUUUAUUGAUAAUAGAGUACCAAAUAUAUCAUUUUUAUUGGAUGCCAAAAAAAACCUUUAUUAACCCUCCCCAGUGAUGUCACAAUGUCGUAGAAUUAACGCUAUACAAACCUGGCUGUUGUAUAUGUUCUGUAUAUUGUUACUCAAGUGCUCAGAAAAAUUAUUUCCUUUUGAGUUCCAGUGUUUUGAAAAAUAUUAUUGCCGACAUCAGCAUUAUAAUUUUUCAAAAGCUGUUUACUAUGUUACACACAAAAUUUAGUUCAAAAAGCUUGGGUUAAGAAGUGAAUUCUAAUAUGACCUUAAAAAGAUUGAAUUAAAACAUUUUGGCUGAACUCGCUAUUAUUUUAGUUUUUCAUUUUUGGCCGCCAUAUUGGAUGGCAAAUUUGGUGCAAUUCUGCCAUUCAACAUGGUAGUCAAAAAAAUGAAAUGCUAAAAUAAUGGUAAAUCUUAGCCAAGAUCAUUGGAAUCUUUUUACGGUUAUAGCACAAGUUACUUUUAACAAAGUGACUAUAUGACCGGCAGCCGGUCACGGUUUAUCAAAUACUAAAUGGCCGGCAGUCUAGUGACUAGAUUUAAAUAUAAAAACUUUUGUUUGCGUUAGUAUUUACCGAGCUUGCUGUUGGCGUAUUUGGCAAAGGCGCUGCAAGCGAAAAGUGAAACACAGUCAGGGUCGGGAUGUGUUUUGUCUGACUUAGCAUUGUUUUUUCUUAAAAAUUUUUCCGACUUUUCUAACUCUCAAAAGGUUAGGGUUAGGGGGUUAGGGUUAGAGAAGGGUUUGGGGUUGGGGAUCAGUUUAUCUUUAAAAAUUCAACUUUAACAAUAGUCACUGUACUGCCAGCCAUUUAGUAUUUGACAAAACCGUGACCGGCUGCCGGUCUUAUAGUCACUUCGUACUUCUAAACCUUAACUAAGCAUUUCAGACAUGCAACUAAGCAACUUUGCAGCUUCUCAAUAUUAGAUUUUCGAACAUGUUGAUGGAAACCACCUAUUUAUUUCUGGCAUUCUUGAGUAGGGGUGUGUCAGGGAGCAGGGUGUACAAGAAGGGGACUUAAUAGAGAGGGAGGCUUAUUCAAUCUUAGUUAUGCUUAGGGUGAGGCGGUUUCUACAAAAAACAGAAAACCGACCAAAAAAAAACAAAAAAACCGAGUGAACCGGUUUUUUAAAAAAAUACGUUCGAAAAUCGAAACUAAGGUAAAAAAGACACAACACGCUACUCAGUACUCGCGCAAGACUUCGGUUUAAAAAACAAUUAUAUUAACCCUUGCUACGAAGUAUAAAAGGAACAUGCAGUGUACAAGAUAUAAUUUUUACAAUAAACUAUACAGAGAAGUCAGUUGUAUCUGCAUGUAGCUGUGAGCAUGUGCCUAUGACAUAGCAAAUAAUUCUAUUUAUAUCUAUGCCGUGUUCGAUAUGAAUAUUUUAGACCUGUCUUCGCAGACGUCCGCCUUUGUUGCUAGCGAAUCAAAAUUCACCAUCGUUUGAUCCGCUUAAUCGCUUAUUCGUUCAAGACUUCAAGCUCGCGCGAAACUGUAUGGUUUGAUUUUAGUAAAAUACCGAUUUUUCUUCGUUUUUUUUUCGUUUCUUCCCGGUUUUUCCGGUAGUGAAAUACCGAUUUUUCUUCGUUUUUUUUCUCGUUUCUUCCCGGUUUUUUCGGUUUUCCGGUUUUUCUCCAAAAGUAACAUCGAGUAAUUCGGUUUUAAAAAAAAUCGUUUUUUUCCGGUUUACCGAAAAACCACAUCACCCUAGUUAUGCUGUGAAUAUAAUAACAGUAAAACUACAUUUGUGAACUUCCAGGCCAAAUAAAUCUGAUCAGUAGGUUUACAGUAAGGCUAUGUGUAAAAGGGUGUCGUUUUCAAAAACGUUUUGUCCCUUUAAUCGUUUUGAUGCCCUAUUCACAUGGUACAACUUAUGUUGUAAAUUUGUAGUAUUUGCAUCCAUUUUAGCAUGAAAACACAAAUGAAAACGCUCGAAAAUGUUACCAUGUGCACAUAGUCUAAGUUUCCAAGUUUCUUCGUUGUGGGGCAGGGGGGGGGGCAUAGAAUGAAAGGUAGCUUGCAAUGCAACUUAACAUUAAUGGGCAGAUUGUCUAAUUAACCCACUGAGUACUGGCACUCUCCCCUUGAUGAGUAAAAUUGUCUGGUAUUAGACAGAGUAAAAUAAUAAAGUAGGGUGCAUUGCUGCACAAUGCAAUUUAACAGGUUAAAUUAAUAGCUCAUAUCUUGAGUUUAGAAGAUAUUAUACAUGUACUAACAAUAAUUAAUUUAGAGUUUUUAUCUUAUAUUAUUACACUAUAUAGUAAUGUACUGUAAUAUAAUUGUCAUAAUACAAUAAUUCACAAUUUAAACUAUCAUUUUUUUUAAAGAUUUUCAAACAGACAAAUUUUCAUAUAUUCAUUGGAUAUUCCUUGAAACUUCUACUUUUAGAUAAAUCUUCUCAGAUCUUCAUGACCAAAGAUGUAAGUACUAAAUAGUUCAGUAACCAAUCAAUGUUUAAGCAUCUACCUUUUUGAGGGUUUCCUCCCCCGGCUAACCAUGGCAUAUUGACAGCCUUGUACAACUUUGACAUUUGUUUGAAACAGGGUUUGUGUACACCUUCAUAAUGGAUCAUUCCAGAAAACAUCCAUACCACCCCCACAGAGGAAAUUGGAAGUUAACCCCCCUAACCCUUCGGAUGUCCUAAUUCAUUUACUAUUAUUAGAAAUAGUUUUGUCUCCCCUCCCCCUCUGGACGGCAGAAAUUUCCUCCGUGGGGGCAGUGUGGAUCUUUUCUGGAACAACCCAAUUUGAAAAAUCCAAGGUUUUCCAGGACUUUUUUCAGCCUUUUUCCAGGGGCAUUUGAAAUAUAAAUGUUUAACCGAUAAGGAACAUUUGUGACGGCUACUACUUCAUCUUGCACAGAUAUUUUUUGGGUUUGUACCAGUUUGAACAAUUAACAUUGCGCCGUUGUGUGAUAUGCCCCAGAAAUGUUGCGACUAUAUUCAAAUUUUGGGUUCCAGGUUCUUGCCUACCUAAGCCAUUUUCAUUUCCACAUGAUUGUUUAAUCAAAAUAAUUACAAAAAGGAAGUGUUUUGACAUUGUAGCUGUAGUAAUAUUUGUGGUUAACUUUUGAGGUUCAUGGCAACAAAAUAAUAUGUUUUAUUGCAAGCAUGUUUUACUUUGAGAAUUUGGAUACCAGAUUUUUAGUUUGGACACUGCUGGUAUCCACAAUGGAUUUCAGGAACAAGUUCUAAUCUCAAACCCAGGUCCCAGACUCGGUCUAGAUCAGUGAACUCUAAGGGAACUGGAACGAUAAUUUGGCCGCCAUCUUUGAAGCCACUCAUGAUGGCUGCCAUGCACGGAGUGGAAAAUACGCCGCCUAAAAGAUGUCUGUUUUUGACCACUAAAUAGCUGUAUUUCAACAAGGAAAAAAACUAAAAACUUUCAACAAAUUAUACCUGAAAUUUAAUACAAAACAUGUUUCCAGAACGUAGAGCAGUUUUAAAGUUAUUUUUUCAAGAGUCGAAGUGCAAAGUUUUUUCCGGCACAUUCAAAUUUGUGUAAUAUUUUGAAUAUCAAGCUUUUACCCAGGACAUUUUUGCUGUUAGUGGAUGUAAAUUGUAAAAUACUAUCCAGGAAACCAGGUUUGAAUCUUUAAAGUUGAAGCCUUUGAUAAAAAAGUACUUUUUCUUGCUGAUUUUUACUCAAAAACAAACUUUUGACUGAAUUUCCCGCAUUCUCGUACCCAGAGCCCUUCUUACUGUACGUGCGGUGCGACGAGGGACUCUGGCCAAAUCCAUAACCGGAUACCAUAAAAACAUGGUAAGAAAACAAUGUCCGGUGUUAGAACUAGCCAAUCAGAUGCCAGUUCGGAAUAUGGAUUUGGCCAGAGCCCCUCGUCGCACCGCGGUAAGAAGGGCUCUGGGUACGAGAAUGAAUUUCCCGCUCCUUGAAACUCUCCCUAGUCCUUUUGAAAGUUAAUUUUUUGCUUUUUGAGCCUCGCGAGAAGUGCCAUCUUGGCAUGUUUAUCUGCAGUUAGCAUUCCAGUGUUAUUACAGUUCACUGAAUCAGAUCUAGAUGCAAACAGUACUUCCACUUUUCAAAAAUUAAAAUUUCCUUUGAAAUUAUAUAAAAAAUUGGAGAUGUACGCUGAGAUAGUACAAGGUAAAAGAAUAAGAGAGCCCACUGUUUUUUUAAUGGGUGAAUGAGUGUGAUGUUUGACUAAAUAUGCCUUUCUUGUUCAUUGCCAAGUUAAUUUGUAAAUUAAAUCAUCACUAGGGAUUACAAGCAGGCAUCAAGCACAAGUAAAGAUUCUCGGGGCAAUGGAGAUAAUGGGGGACCUGUGGCAGAAAACUGGUGUUACACUCAAGUUAAGGUUAUCAAAUUUUCAUACAUGUGGACUAUCAAUAAUUUCAGUUACUGCAGAGAAGAAAUGGGAGAAACUUUAAAAAGUUCAAUGUUUUCUGCUGGAGAAAGUGAUAAAAUGAAAUGGUGAGUAUAGUUAUUGCAAUUUAGCUAUGCAGUACCACAGCCAACUGUCAGUGGUCUGUUUUGUGGCCAAUAUAAACUUCUCUCGGGAAAUCAGACUACACUAUAUGUUUAGCACUCCAUGCCACACUAUUUUCCUGUAAUAUAACGAUUAAGGUUAUAAUGAAAUUCUGAAUCAAUGUGCAUAUUGCUCUAUUUAAAGUUCUUUGCUGUUUUAUCAUUUUCAUUAUAAAAAUUUGUAUUAUGAUCAAAAUUUUUAAUCCUGCAGUAAAACAUUGGGGUUAGAUAAAAAAAAAAUCAUGGCAAUGGUACGACAGGUUUUCAUUUUGGGCUGGCAAACGGCGAAAUUCGCCAGAGCUUUACAUUUUGCUGCGUUUUGCCACUCUAGAGCAUCGAAAUUUCAACAUUUUCUGUAAGAUCAUGCCCCCAGAACCCCGGCCAAGGUUUGUGUCUUUUGCAAUAGCUUUUUCACAGUCACUUUCACCGAAAACUGAAAACUUAUGGGCGGUUUAAUUCCAAGUAAUGGUUUGAUAAAACCUUUCUUCUUCAGGUGCUUACGUGUAAAUCCUAAAGGUUUAGAUGAAGAAAGCAAGGACUAUUUAUCCUUAUAUUUGUUAUUACUUGCUACUAACAAGAAUGAAGUUCGAGCUAAAUUUAAAUUUUCUAUCCUGAAUGCGAACAGAGAAGAGACGAAAGCAAUGGGUAAGACUUAAAACCAUUCCAUUGAUAGUUUGUUGCCAACUAUUAAAACUACAAAACUUCUGCCUAUUACAGAAAGCCAGAGAGCAUAUAGAUUUGUUCAAGGAAAGGAUUGGGGUUUUAAAAAGUUUAUAAGACGAGAUUUUCUACUGGAUGAAAUUAAUGGUCUCCUUCCAGAUGACACAUUAACUUUAUUUUGUGAGGUAAGUGUGUGUACAUAAUACACCUUCCGUGCGUAAUCUUGGCCAGAGCCUCGUUUUCGUGAUUUAGACGUCAGACUUUAAUUAAUAGCGAGCUUAGGGGCUGUUUAUAUAGUCCUGGCACGUCCUGCUUAUCCGGGAUUCAAUGAAGUGUGAAGUAUUUUGAGCAAUUGAAAUUCGUUUUUCAGCCCUAAACAAAAGUUAGAUAACUUUAGAUAUUGUUUAAACGGAAUUAGGAACGAGCUAGAAGUUAUGUAGAUUGUAGUGGAAGAUUAAUAGCGUUCAACACUUGUUUUUUGCCUAAAAGAUGGGAUUUCAUACAAUUUGUAACAAACAAUUUUGUUAGAUCAUGAAGUGCUGUUGAUUAUUUCGAUUGCUCAAAAUACUUCACAUUUCAUUGAAUCCAGGGUAACAGGACCAUAUAAACAGCCCUUAAAAGCGACGUUUUGUCAACACGAGAGACGCCUCACCCGAAAAUUGGUAUACAUUGACUAAUUUUGGCGGCAUUUUACAUCAUAGCGCUCGUGCAAGAAACAUGUUUUGUCAUAUGUUUUGUCGUAUAUGUUGAAGAUUACCACAAACUGAUACAAACACAGUUUUUAAUCCAGUCCCCCCUCCCCUCGGCAAUCUGACGUUCGUGGUGACAAAAACGUCGCUUGCUUAACCUCGCUAUUGUCACAUACAAACGAGGCUCUAUAGCCAAAGUGACGUACUUUCCGGAAGGGUGUAUUGUGUCACAACUGAAAAUUGCUCAAAUUGUAACUUUGAAGAUAUUAUAUUCAUGAAUAUAUACUUCAUUCCAGUAUGAUGAUACCAAGGACUAAUCCUAGCUUGUUUAUUCCUUCAGAUUAUACCGUUUUCUGAAUAUUAAAAUGCAAGCUCUAAAUAUUAAAAGGUUCUAAAUAUUAAAAUGCAAGCUUUCGACUGCCAGUUACAAGUUGAGAAGAUGGAGAAUUUAAAACUAUCAUAUUUAGUGCUGUUUUUCUUCAACUAUGAAAAUGUUUUGGGCAUUGUACACCGUAUCAGUGAAGUACCAUCUAAGGACUGGUAACGAGCCUGCUUCAGUGCCCUGCUUUGCCCUGCCUUCAAACAAACAUGCAUCCAUAGUAUGGACACAGAAUAAAGACACACAGAAGGUCGACUCGAGUAACGCUGCCACGCCAUGAUUCAUCAUCAAAAUGCUGACGCCAUAGUCCUAGACAGUGCGCGUUUGAGAGGCAUUCUCCCCCCCCCCUGGACGUCCGCCAUUUUGAAUAUUAGACAGAUUUAGAUCGAGGACGCGGACGUCAAAGACGACGUGAAAAUGGCGUGUUGUUCCCAUGUAUGGAUAUGCCACGCCAUUUUGACGUCAUUUUCACGUCGUCUUUGACGUCCGCGUCCUCGAUCUAAAUCUGUCUAAUAUCAGGGGGUGAAUGCCUCUCAAACGCGCACUCGCUAGGACCAUGGCAUCAACAUUUUGAUGAUGAAUUUACGGUUACGCCAAAGUCAUUGGAAAAUCAUAGGAAAAACCAAGAAGUCGGGCUUCUGUACAACUUACAUUCCAGACCUCAUUUUUUAUAAGAACUUGCAAAACGUGGAACAUAUUAGACAGUAACUUGCGUACUAGAGAUAUAGGUUUGCUGUCUUUUAAAUCAGGUCUUAAACUCCACUACAAACAUGCACUAUCCAAAACAUUCAAAUGUGACGAUCCGCGCACCUGGAAAUCAGUGUGUGUAAAGUGCAAAAGAGCAAGAUCGCUUAACAAUGAAAUAAGUUGUUGUUAGCCUUAUUAGUUUUAGCUUGUUGAGUUGCUUGAAAAUUUGUUUUGUACAGUAAUUUUAUUCUUGUUUAUAUGGGAUCGCCGUAAUUGGGGAAACCUGUGGCGAAUUCCCUGGCUCUAUAUGUUGCAUUUAAAUAGUAGCCGAAUCUUAUUAAAUAUUAAAUAUUAAAUAUUAAAUAUUAAAUAUUAAAUAACUUAUUCUGUGGUAUGGAUGCUUGUUUGAAGGCAGGCGCGUUACCAGUCCUUUGCAUCCCACAUUAAUCAGUGGGCCUAUUAUCAUGGUCAGCGCUUGUUUUCAUCUACCAAACUGACGUGGCGUCAUUUUCGGAAGAUGGAAGAGAUGUUAAAUGGCUAUGAAACUAACCCAAACCCUCCCCCUUCUCUAACUCCUAACCCUAACCGCAACCUUAACUCUAACCGUAACCUUAAAGAUGCGGUACAGUCCGUAUAUAAACAAAGGCUUUGUUUACAUUUCGGUAUCUAAAGUAUUGAAUUUUAUUCGACAACUAUUUAUAUAUUCAUGAUUCUAGAGUAUAAUAAAUUAUCAAGACACAACAAUCAAGCUUUGCAAGAACAUAAAAUGAAAUAAAAACCUAAAUAAACUGUUUGUAAAUAAAAAGAGGGCUCCUUUGUGCACAUGCGCAGAUCGGACUGUACCGCAUCUUUAACCUUAACCUUAACCUUAACCUUAACCUUAACCUUAACCUUAACCUUAACCUUAACCUUAACCAAAUUAAUACAAGUCCCAAAAGAAACAACUUUAGAAAUUGAUCAAAUGACGUAAAGUCAGUUUGGUAGAUGGAAACAAGUGAAAACCUAUAAUCAUUUCACCGCCCACUAUACUACUGUACCAGCGCCCUGAUAGCACUACUUGUUUUGUUAGGUGAGCGUGAUUGCUGAUUCAGUCAAUGUCUCUGGUUCAUCAAGUCAGACUGCUUUUAAAGUACAAGAAUGUAACUUAGCUUGUCAGUUGGGAAAUUUACUUGACACUGGACUAUUGUCUGAUGUUUCUUUGACACUAGCUGAUGGUAAACACUUCAACGCGCACAAAGCUAUCUUAGCAGCAAGGUCACCUGUGUUUGGAGCUAUGUUUGAACAUGAAAUGGAAGAACGUAAGAACGGAAGAGUGCAAAUAUUAGAUGUUGAAUCUGAUGUUUUCAAAGAAAUGUUACAGUUUAUUUACACUGGCAAGACAAGUAAACUGAACGAGAUGGCGCCUGAGUUACUGGCUAUUGCUGAUAAAGUAAGUAUACUAGAAGUUACUAUCGCAAGGAAAGUGCUGCCACAUCCCGCCUUCCAUCAUAUAAGCAUGUAAAGCACUCCUAAGACACCUAGGUAGGUAGGAAAAGUGCAAUUUGAAUACGAAAACGCCUUGGACAAAGUCGAAAGUCAGCUAAUUAUUCUAAUUCUACUUUCUUGGCUUGGACGGUUUUAUACCUUCAAUGCUUAUAAUGUCUUGCUUCUGUAUGUGUAAUUAAAAUAUCGUUAGCCUCUUAGCAUAAUUGCCAAAAUGCGUUUUUUGCCUGUAUAAGUCAUUCUGUAAUCAGUUGUUGCAUAUGCCGCAAAAGUGCCUAUCUCAUUAACCAAUCAGAAAGCUUUUUAUAUGCCGUAAACAACAUUUGCCUUUGUCACGAGCGUGAGUUACGCAUUUAUUACUGGUAACAACAUCCAAGAUGGCCACAUCAAAACUUUAAAAAAAUGAGUUAGGCAAUUAUGCUAAGAGGCUGACGAUAUGAAAGUUUCGGAUUGAUAGGGACACAUGUACAACUACCUGAAAAUACAACUUCUUGUAUCCCUAUCAAUCCCAAACUGUCGUGCACUACGUAUACACUGGCACAGUUCAAGAUUAUAAUAAAUUAUACAAAUGAUUAAAUUCAUGUUAUAUCAGAUAUCUCUAUCAGUUUUGUCGAAAUUGUUCUCCCCAGAGGUCUAGCACGGGACAUCCCUCAUUGCCCCAGUCAGUCCAGUGUAGCCUACUCUUCUGUGACAAACGAGAAGGGUACACACUACAUAUUUGGCAGAGCACGUCAAGAGAUUGAGGAGCUGCUAACGAAGGGAUGAGAGUUUUUAUUCUGAGUUUUCAAAUUCAAACUCACAUUUCCCUCUACCACCUACUUGCUCUCCCAUGUACCACCACUGUUACAGAUAAGCUCCAAAAUAGAAUCUGGUCAAGAGAUUUGGUUGGAAAAUUGCCUGUUUUUAACCAGUUUUGCCUCAUUACAACUACAAAUUAAUUAUUUAAAGUUUUAUAUGGUCUGGUCAGAAUAAAUGAGAUCAGACAACUUUGAAGACUUAAGGAGUUCAGGGUUUUUCUCAGGGAUUUUUUAGGACUGUAAAACGGCCCCAAAAACUCAAUCUUGAAUUGAGUUUUGAACCUCAGUUUUAAACCCAAAAAAUGGCUGGAAUUCAUUUCACAACACAAGAAAAACAACGCAUUUGCCAUCUUUAUCCAGUUUAUAGCGGUCUGCUUUAACACAUUGCGUCUCAACUACAGUUAUUGGGUACAGGUGUCAGCCUCCCGCAGCUACCCCACACCCCCAGCUAUUCAGCCAAACUCAAUCUUUUCUGCAAAAACGGACCCAAGAGAAAAUCCUGGAAAAAAAACCUGGAAGUUAAGGCCUGUCUACACGAUACAAUUACUCCGCAUACGAUUCUCCUUCUGCCGCGUAUGCAUAAAACUUACUGCUGUGGCCAUAAUUCCUCUUCAAUCAGAUCAUGGCGAAAUUUCUUCACGCAUGUUUACGUAUUCGAUUCUUGCCAGAGGGCCUAUACAGUAGUUGCAUUUUUCGCAACUGCUCCUGGUUACGUCUAGUAAAUAUAUAAAAUUCACACUCGAAAUUUCCAGCUACAAAAACCCGUAUUCUUUGCUUGCACCUGACGUCACUACGUGUCAUUAGGCGCCAUCUUGGUUGAUAUUAAAGUUUUGUCCAGCCGUUUACAUCGAAAUAUUUGAGUUACUUUAAUAUUUUUGGUUUGUUUUGAAAACAUCUUACUGUAUUAUGGAUAGCUUACGAUUUCUGGCACAAUACGAUGAAGAAUAUAGAUUUUUAGGUGCCACGUAUGUUUUGAAAAUCAACCAAGAUGGCGUCGAUUGCAAACGAGCAAUAAGACUAAUGGUGUCGUGUAGACCGGCCUUCAGGGAUGGCGUUUAAACUUGUAGAUACUUGAUGAUUUAACCUUUUCUUAUUUCUUUUUUUCCAGUAUGCUAUAGAUCGUCUUAAAACCAUGUGUGAAGAAUCAUUGUGUAACAGUUUAUCUACAGAUAAUGUUUGUAGUAUUCUCAUCUUAGCUGAUCUUCAUAGUGCAAAUAAUCUCAAAGAAUAUGCUGUGGAUUUUGUAAACAGGUAACGAUUAUUACUGUAUGUUUCCAUCAGAAUAUGCUCUCAUUAGAAUAUGUUUCUCAUUAGAAUAUGUUCUCAUUAGAAUAUGUUCUCAUUAGAAUGUGUUCUCAUCAGAAUGUUUUCUUAUCAUCGUCUUACUCGUCUACUGAUUAACAGUGUGAAGUGAUAUUAUUACAGUUGUCCACUAAAACAUGUGAUCGAGAGGAAGCUCAACCCAUUUGAAUAUAAAUACAACUCCAACGCCUAACAACUGUGGUCUAACAAACAGUAUGUCGAAUCUCAGUAGAAAUCCAGUCCACGUUCGCUUGUAUUAACGCACCUUAAGGUGAUUCAUCAGUAAUUGUUCUGGAAAUGAGAAUUUGCUGAAACUUCCCAGAGUGGGAAGUUUAUGAUAUGCUCAUAGUAAAAACAGAAAAAUAGUUGGGGUCACCGAACUCGAAGAUAUGACAAGUGCAAAUAUGCCACCUUUCCCCCAUAUGGCCCCAUCUUGACCCUUUGACGAGUUACAGGAACAAUCGCUCAACCGUUAUUGAAUUUUUUAACAAAGAUCCUACUAAAAAUGUCUAUCUAGUGAUUAUAUAUAUACAAGAAAACAUCAGAUGGUAUUUUAGCGAAUCAAAAUCAUUGACGUGCAUUGUCGUGGUGCAAAGAUGUCUUUUCCCAUCUUCUCAUUUUGGGAAGCAUGCGCGAAAAAUGUAAAAUAUUAUAAGUUGUAGAAAUGAUUUUUCUCUUUCUUUCUGAUAUGGCAUGUAAAAACGCAUAGAAGAACAAAAAUAUAAAAUAAAAAAGUAGGGUUACGGACCUUCUUAGAGAGAUACAAGGGUUAAACAUGCAACAUGAUGUGGUUUAGUGGUGGUUGCACAGCAGCCCUAGCCAGACUUCUGUCAUUUUUGAAGGUAUACUGUAUUUCCUGAAUUAGGCAAUCAAUGCAGAGUGUUUUUUUUUGUCUUUGCCCUUACUCUUUCUUUAUCACUUUACAAUGCAGUUCGAUUACAUAUAUUAGCUAGAAUUUGUUAUUAGAUAUGCGCAGUAAAUGUGCGCAAUGCAAAACUGAUGAAUCACCUUUAACAAAGUUAUUCAAACAUUAUUUAAACAGAUCGGGUGGUGCAGGUUAGAUGAGCACAUUUUUUUCCUCAUCGCGACUUAGACUUGCUUCAAGUCCGUCUCUAAAAGGCGCGAAAAUAGGAGAGAAAGGAAGAAGAAACGGACUUGGGACAUUUGCAAGCGCGCCAAUUUUUGCAAGUAACAUUCGAAAUGCAAAAGGAAGAGACGCUUCCUACUUUUCUCCUGAGACAGACUUGAACCAAGUCUAACCGUAGCUUGAUAUAAAUACCACCUACCCACCCUUUGUUAUUAGGAAAAGUUAGAACGGACAGGUUAGGUAUGUUAUGUAUGUUGUAGUAAAACAAACAUUGUGUGAUAAAUAAAUAUCAAGCUAAAUUAAAGGACUUUAAAAAAAUUUGGUAACUUACUGUAUCAAUUCUCUUACUGGCAAGAAUAAUAAAUCUACCAGUAUUGCAGAAAUAUCUGUUGAUAAUAACAGCGUUGUUAACAUUGGCCCUAGCCUAGCAUGUGAAGCAAGGGGGGAGAGCCCUGCUGCGUCUGCUGUGCUCAGCAGACGCAGGGGCGGCGCUAGACCUCUUUCAAUGGAGGGUGCAAGUGAAUUUUCCGACUUAUCAAAGCAAAUUUUGCCGACUUACUACAACCACUAAUUAUUAUUUCUUUUCCCUAAAUUGUUGGCGAGGGGGCGAUGGAACAACAUCAAAAACAUUUUCCGGACAACGUAUUUGUCCAUCUUAUUUUGCAUCCACCGUCAUUCCAUUUUUUUCCCCUAAUUUUUUCGUAAAUUUCUCCACAUUUUAGCUAUCAUUCUUAAUUUUUUAAUCGGUGUCACUCAACUAUUUUAUUUUUUCCUUCCUAUCCAACAACAACAACAAACAACAACAAUCAGGGUUCGUACGGGUCCUGGAAAACCUUGAAAGUCAUGGAAUUUCAAUAUUCCAAAAUCAAUUUUAGUCAUGGAAAGUCAUGGAAAAUUGAAAUUUUACGUAACAUUAACAAAGUAUUUUACUUAUUUCAAUUUCAUAACAAUAAUAUGAAUUGUUGUUAUAUAACGGAUUUUUGCAAGAGCGAAGUGAAUUUUGUUCUUUUAUUAUAUCUGUUAUCGUUAAAAUAUUAACGAAUUUCAGAAAUUCCAGACUUCCAUGUCAUGGAUUUUGAAAAAAAAGGUCAUGGGAAGUCAUGGAAAAGUCGUGGAAUUUUAAAUGGGAGAAGGUGUACGGACCCUGGACAAUAGUUUAUUAACACUCAAAAAGAUAAAAAUACAUUCUGUUAUAGAUAAAAAAAUUACAAAUGAGAGUGAAGGCCAUAUGUGAUAACCAUAACGGCUAAUCGAGACAGGUGGCCUUUAAAGAGACACAAGAACAACUAUGAUUAGGAGAGUUAAGACAGUAAUCAAUAUAGAAACACUUAAUAAGCUUAAUUACACAGACAACAAAAACAUGAAGAAAACAAAAAUAGCUCAAAUAUUUUGAAUAAUAUUAAGGGGAAAAAAAUGUUUUGCCGACUGGGUCUGGGAUUCAAUAUUUUGCCGACUACCUACUGGGGGGUGUUCCCCCCAACACUCUAGCACCGACCCUGCGCAGACGACUCGCCAUCAUAAUCCCGGAUAAUAAAUACGAAAUUCUAUUUUCAUCAUACUAAUAUACGUAAUAUUGCCUUGGCGCUGAUGAAUCUUAAGCCAAACAAAUCCACCGGCAUUGAUAAAAUUCCAGCAAGAAUUCUCAGACUCUCUGCGGAAAUUAUUGCUCCGUCAUUGAACUACAUUUUUAAUUUAUCACUUGAUAAUGGAAUCUAUAUGUUGAUGACUGGAAACGUGCGCGAGUAAUCCCAAUUUAUAAAUCAGAAGACGGAAGUGCGAAAAAUUAUUAGAUCAAUUUCUAUUCUCCCCGACCCUAUUGUAAGUAAAGUACUUGAGAGAGACGUUUUUCGACAGCUGUAUGCCUAUCUUUCUGAUAAUUCAUUAUUAUGCAAAUUUCAAUCAGGGUUUCGUCCUAAACACUCGACCUUAUCUGCCUUGAUACGAAUAUGCGAUGAUUUGCUUAAAAACAUGGAUGAUGGAAAGUUGAACUGUGUGGUUUUUCUUGAUGUUAGGAAAUCUUUCGAUUCCAUAAAUCAUAAAAUAUUGUUCGAUAAAAUGUGCAAUCUUUUCGGAAUAACGGGAAUCCAAUUGAAAUGGUUCUAAUCACAUCUGAAUAACAGAGAGAAGCAAUGUUUGAUAAAUGGUCAAUUAUAUCGAAUCCGAAAACGUAUGGAAUUCCGCAAGGGUCUAUCCUGGGUCCUUUAUUAUUCUUAUUACAUAUAAAUGACAUGCCUGAUUCAUUAAGCCAUUCAGUUCCAUCUCUUCUGUGCUGAUCUUGUAGACAAAGUAAACCUUGAUCUUGAACGUAUACGUAAAAUGCAUGGAUGUUACAUAACGAACUUCAAAUCCACCCCAGUAAAUGAAAAAAAAGUUUAUUGGAUCUUCCUAUAACCUCAAAAGUAUAAAAUAUCUAAUAAGCAUAUUCUCAUAAAUAAUAAUCCAAUACCCAGAACUUAUAAAUAUUCAUGCCUUGGCGUGAAUAUGGAUGAAAGACUUUCAUGGGAAAAACAUAUUGGUAUUAGAGAGCUUAAGCAAGCGACGUUUUUGUCACCACGGACGUCAGAUUGUCGAGGGCCGAGGGGGGACUGGAUUAAAAACUGUGUUCGUGUCAGUUUGUGGUAAUGUUCAACAUAUAUGACAAAGCAUAGGAUUGUAAAGUUUUUUAUUCCCUUACACGAGUGCUAUGAGGCAAAAUUCCAGCAAAGUAGUUCUACCAAUUUUCGUGUGACAUCCGUGUUGACAGAAACGUCGCUUGCUUAAAGAGUCAUUGUCAACCACAAUGCAUUUGUUUACAUCUUACCUUCGGAAGUGACAAAUAGCAACAAAUGAUUAUAAACAUUUCUUUGGUGCAAUUUUAGUAUAAAAAAAAGUAAAAUGAGCAAAUAUAACCAUAGGAUGGUAGUAAUAUAUUAACGACCUUAAGCAUGUAUAGGACGGGAACGCGACGGCGACGGUAAACAAACUCGUUAAACCAAGUGAUUGCAGAAGAAAGCUUAUCGUCUAUUAUAAAUUAGCACUGGGUUUAUGACUGAGAAAAGUUCUAGGACCCAAUUUAAAAUAGCAGUUGUCCCAGCUUGAAAUGUAAGCGUUGUAUACAAGACGUGAUAUUCUGUAUUUCGCCGUUGUAAAACAGAGCUACGCCGACGUCUAUAACGUCCUUGAGAUUUUAAUUAUUAAAUUCUGCUUGUUUUCUUGCAUUCAUAUGUUAUUGGCCGUUCUCGUUUUACUUUCGUUCUGCUUUGUUGAAGUUCUUAACGGUGGUUCUUUAUAAUUAUAAAAGUGUAAAAUUUAAGGCGGUUUCUUGACACGUCCCCGUACUAAGCUUUGCUUAAGUUCGCUAUUAUGGAUUGAAAACCGAAACAUCUAUUAUUCCGCCAUUAAAAUGGCCGCCAAGCAGGUUUGGGCGCACAGUGCAUUGUGGUUGACAAUGACUCUUUAAACUAUUGUCUGUUCAAAGGUUGGUGUGCCGGUAAGGCUAUCUGUGUCGGUAUUGGUGCAAUAUGACGAGUUAAGCCUUUUGUUCAACUACCGACACUAAAAAUGCUAUAUAAUGCUAUUGUGCAGCCCUAUUUUGAUUACUGUAGCCCUUUAUGGGAUAAUUGCGGAACUGGCCUCAAAGACGGGCUCCAAAAUAUCAAAAUCGUGCUGCAAGAGUAAUUACUGCAUGGGGUAAUAUAUGAUGUUCGAUGCGCUGACUUACUUAGAAACUUAAAUUGGAAACCUUUAGAAGUUAUAAAUUCUAAAUGGCCACACCGCACCCAAUCUAAAAGAAGUUUUUCUUUUCAAAAAGGAAAGAGCAAAUAGUUGCAAUCUGAGAAAUAAAAAAACUGAUUUAGAUGUUCCUAUUCCGAAGAAAGAAUUCAGAAAGAGGUGCUUCAGUUAUAAAGGACCUUACAUAGGAAUAAUCUUCCCCACUUGGACUUUUCACAAAAUCGCGGAUUCGCGGUUUAACCGAUUUCCCAUUUCCGGCAUGUUUUAAAGCUACCUAUAGCUCCUGCAUACAUGUGGAGUAAUUUGUAACAGAUUUAAUUCAUUGUUUUAGUCACGCAGUUGCUGUCACGAAUAGUCCUGGUUGGAAAACACUUGUAAGCAAUCACUCUCAUCUUCUAGCUGAAGCUUUCAAAGUACUUGCAACACAACAAGGACCGUUAAUGAAUGGACCUCCAAGAAAGCGACUAAAAACAACUUAGAGAUAUGUGUGAUAGAAGAUAUGUUUUGUAGAAUAUUUAAUAAGCUAGCAGGAUUUACUUGGUAAACCUGAAAUCCAUAUUUAAUUGUCACAUCUGUUAAGUAUUUCUUGUUGAGAAAUAUUUAGACGUUGUUAACAUAUCAUUAACAAAUGUACAUAAUGUGCAAUAUAUGUGUAUAUAUAUGUAAGGUAAAGUCAUUAUAUAUAGACCUGUUUAUACUAGAACUUCUGUGUGUGGUGCAACUUUCUUGGGUUCAUCCAUUUCAUUUGAAGUUUCAAGGGACGAAAUAAACAAUUAUACAGAAUAACUUAUCCAAUAGAUAACCCUCGUUUACACAUCUUUUAAUUUACUGUCGUUCCAAUUGAAGUGUUGCUCAAAUAUUGAUUCAAUACAUUACCUCGGGCUGACCAAUUCAUUUCAUCAAGUUCCUCGAGAUAUUCAUACACUUCCUGUGAAAGAGCCAAUUCCAAGUAUUUGAUCAUUUCUGGUCACUUCCUUUCUAUUUAUGAUUGGUUAGUUGCACAAACAACAAAGGUGAUUGGCGCAUUCAAACUAUUCAACAGGAAGUUUACAAUUAUACUAGGAAGUGUAUGAAUAUCUCGAGGAACUUGAUGAAAUGAAUUGGUCAGCCCGAGGUAAUGUAUUGAAUCAAUAUUUGAGCAACACUUCAAUUGGAACGACAGUAAAGGGAUACGGGAAUAAACAAUAGUUUCCUUAUUUUAAAGAGCUUUUAUAGGGAAAACAUUUUUACAGCUUUUCCAAAUCUUGUUUAGUUCUUGAAUUAUUUUGACCGAAUUCAUCAUAAAUCACGCAGCAGUUCGCGCGCCACCUUGGGUUGUUGUGGAUAUACAUAUUACGUCACAUGCUACAGUAGGUCACACAAAACCUUUAUGAAAAAUCGGUAAAGGAGUUUUAUGUACUAUUUAAAACAUGAGCAGCAGUGUUUUAUCAGAUAUAAAGAUACGAGGCGAAGCCUAGACUUGGAUCAAGUCCGUCUCUACACAGUCCGAGUCGCGAAGCGACGAGAUCGAAGUCUAGGCGAAGCCGAGUAUCUUUAGGUCUGAUAAAACACGCACUGCGAAUUUUUUAAACUGCUUCAAAAACGAUCGAUCUAGUAAGUUCAUUGGCGAAGUAAUUUUCAAAAAAUACGUGUAAGUCGAUAAAAUCAAAGUUAAAGUUUAUGUAAUGGAAAUCUCUCUCAACGGAAAUCUCUAUCACAUAUAAAGAUAUGACACGCG